GAGGCCGGAAACGCGCUGGUGCCGCCCUUGAGCUCCCCCUUGUCCCCGUCAUGGCCGCCUCCGUCUCCUCGUCUCUGCGGCCGCUGCUGCUGCUGCCGCGGCUGCUGCGCGGCGCCCUGAGCCCGCGGCUCCCCCUCCUCGGGGCCCGAGCCCCGCGGUGCGCGGGGCCCGCGGGGAGCCGCGGCUACGCGGAGCCGGCGCCCGCGAGCGCGUCCGGCAUGGCGCUGACGUUCGCCUCCCCGUACCAGGUGUUCUUCAACGGCGGAGGUGUGCGCCAGGUGGACGUGCCCACGCUCACCGGCAUGUUCGGGAUCCUGCCCAACCACGUGCCCACGCUCGCCGUGUUGCGCCCUGGUCUUGUCACCGUCUUCAAGGACGACGGCACCAGCGCAAAGUUCUUUGUGAGCAGCGGCUCCCUCACGGUGAACGCCGACUCCUCCGUGCAGCUGCUGGCGGAGGAGGCGGUGCCGAUCGAGCAAUUGGACGUGCAGGCGGCGCGUGCCGAACUGGCGCGAGCCCAGGGUGAGCUGUCGGCGGCGGCGGGGGAGAUUCCCCGGGCGGAGGCGCUCAUCGCCGUGGAGGCGAGCGAGGCGCUGGUCAAGGCGCUGGAGUAGAACAGCGCCAGUCGUCUGGCCUGCUCGCCCACCUCACCAUCAUCACCCCUCGUCACACCCACACCUGGGUCUCGCCCCCACUAGUGACCCCUGCAGUGGCCCACCUGCUGCCCCCGCCCGCCUCCCUACGCGCAUCUGUGCACGGGUGAAGCACUAAUAAAAAGGUUUAUUUAAAACACA